CGCGACUUUCGUUUGGAAAAAUAAAGUGAUUUAUUUUGCAGGACGACGAUGAAAGACUUCCCCUGCAAGAAGUUCAAGUUGUGAUACAUAUACCUCAACUCGUCGAACAAUCAACAACACUAGCGUUUCACUUUCAAGAUGUCCCAAUCCAGCCAACAACCUCAACCCGCGCCGAAGCGCACACUCCUGAAGCGCACCCUACCACCCAAGCGCGGAACCACGACCAGUGAUGGAGCGCGUUCCGAAAGCGAAGUUUCUGUUCAAAGCCGUAUCAGCAGCCUCGCUCCGAGACCCGCUGGCAAUGGCCGCCUUCUCCCGCGACCGGUCGGAGCAUCGAAGGUUCCAGCUGUUUCUGCACAUCAAAAUCCGGUUACAGGAAAGACAACCGCGGGAGAAGCAUCGAAAGUUCUCGCACCGAAGGAGCGGCAGGUGGAACUCCCCGUCGGCAAUACUGUAGAAGGUCGUGUCCCCCCAUCUACUACCGCUGUCGAUGUGAACAGGACCACCGUCCUCCAGCAAGAUGCGCCAACUAGUGGAACUGCUCCUGCCGCAGCCAAACGGGAGGUUUCCCCUGCGAAGAGCAUCGGCGGGGCUUCGUCCUCCCAUGUUUCGUCCAUGAUGGGCGGACCUGCCGCUGGAGCGAGAAGGCGGCUUCUUUCAAAAAAACCGAAAAGCAACUUGACCUUGGACGCGCUAAGCGCCCUUCCAGUUGUCGCGAAGCCGUUUCCGUUUGAUGGGCAGGAAGUCGGAAACCCCGGGGCAGUGUCCGGCGGUACAGUGCAGGAUGCGCAAGACGAAAUAAAGCCAGGUGGUCUACUGGAGGAUCGAAAGGCAGAGACAGCUCCAGCAACCGCUCCCCCGGCACUACUCGAGUCCGCUCCUGUUGCUGCACCAGUUGUUGUGGUCUCAAAUCAGCCUUCCACCGCAGUUCGAGUUCCAGUUGAAGCACCUCCUCCCGGCUGCAACCACUCCUCUCCGGCAAAGAGCGUAGGUGGUGCGUCUUCUCACGUUUCCUCCAUGUUCAACGGACCGCGACGUCGGCUGCUGCCCAAGAAAGCCAAGAGCAACUUGACGGUAGAUGCCUUGAACUCUCUGCCGGUGAUGGAACAGAAACCUCUGGCGCCAAUGUUGCAGCCAGAAACGGAUCCGGAACAAGCGCAGUUGCCUGAUGUGCUUCUCAAGGCAAAUAUUGCUCCAGUAUCUGUUCCGCCAAGAACGCAGCCGGCACUCCAACCAGCCCCGGCCAACGAGGCAAAUAAGAAGAUGCUUCAGCCGUCGGAGCGAGAACAAAAGCAAGCGAACGAUGCUUCCCCAGCACGUAGCGUGGCUUCCUCCAUGUUCAGUGCUGGUGGUGGACCACCGAGACGGAGGUUGCUAAGCAAAAAACCAAAGAGCAACUUGACGCUCGACGCGUUAAAUGCAUUACCCGUCGUGGCUGCUAAGCCGCAGGAGCCCGCGACGUUGUUACCAACGGCCGCACCGGUAGCGCAGGAACAACAACAGAAGUCGGAGUUGGCGGAAGUUGGUAGGGCGGAACCAGAGGACGCUGGCAUUGCUGCCGAAAUAUCGAAAGCGAACAACAGGGAUGAGACCAGCGUCGCAGAAGUUCUACCAAGAAGAGAAGAACAUAAAUCCGCACCUCCGGUCUCGAAGACUACAACAACCACCACCACGCUCCCAGGUACCACGCAGCCCCAGCCUGCUUCAGCCGCACCUCCAAAGAUGGUUCUGCAGCCGUCGGAAAGACAGAAAGAGGCGAACGACUCGUCCCCGGCGAAGAGCGUGAUAUCCUCGAUGUUCGGUGGUGGACCGCGGCGACGGCUGCUGAGUAAAAAGCCCAAAAGCGGUUUAACCUCGGAUGCAUUGAACGCUUUGCCGGUGGCUCCCAAACAGAUAAUUCCGUCGCUACUUAUUCCCGACGCAGUACACAAAUCUGGUGCGGCUUCCCCUGUGGAAGUAGAGACGGCGAAGAAAGUUGGAGGCACUUCUUCGUCAAAGCAAGGCAGGAGCAUGCCGGAGCAAGCUGCUGUAGUUGCUACUGCCGCAGGUCAACACGAUCAUGAAACUGCUACGGGUCUAAUGGCCUCUUCAUCUUCUCCUAUCGCUGGUGCAGGAACAAAUACCGGCAAGGCCGCCGCGCAACAGGAGGUAGAGUUGGGAAGCGACUGCAGCAAAAGCGAUGUUGGCUCUGUGGCGAGUAGCCGACGGCUGUUGCCGGGUAGAAGAGUUUUAGUCGGGGGCGGGGCGAAGAAAGUUACGUCGACGCCUUCAAACAACAACCUCGUCAACAAGAGCGGUCCCUUAACGCGAGCGAUUGCGGAAACAAGCAAGACGAAGCCUGGUUCUUUCCCAAGCAGACCAGCAACACCGGGAGGAACAGCGGCCCCUGCUGGAAGUAAUAAAGGUCUCACGACUCCAGCUGCGCGUAGCGGUAUUAUUGGAGCAAGGCCAGGUUUCAAGAAGCCAGGCACAGCAGCUUCUACUCCCACACCCGCUGUGGCAGCGACGCCUUCAUCCGCAACGGGGGCCGCACGACCAGCGCAGCAAAACAUCAAAACCGGCCCGCUCGGGUUUCCCCGAGGACCCACACCCGGAACAACGGCGGUAGGACCACCGCGCAACAACUUCUUGCAGCGGAGCAAGCCGACGGUGCUGACGUCUAACGCCGGCUCUGCAUCGGAGUUAUCGGACGCUGGAUCCACGGUGUCGAGAUUUACCGCCGGUGGGGGCCGCCGCAAACCGCUGAUCUCCUCGGUUUCCCGAGCGAAAUUUGCGCAAGCAGCCAGGGUAAAGUUGACGCAUAAGGACGUGUUGGGGAUUCGGGUGAAGGUUGAAACUAUCCUGUGCAAAAGUAUCGUACUCGUAUUGCAGUCGUGCAUUACAAAUCUUAAUCUUGUUCUUAAGGCAAAUCCGCAUUACAAAUUUCACUUCUCAUGCUGAGGAAAUUUGUAAUGCAUUUAUACGAGUGCGAUACUUUUGCACAGGAUAGAAACUCCACCGCCGGCAGAAGUUCCUCCAGAAAAUAAACAGAGUAGCGAGGGAGGUGCCGCCGCUGCCAGUAAAGACGCUACCGUUACAACAGAUGCGGCGAAGAAGAAAGACCCAAUGAUGCUAGAAGCCGGCACGACGCAAGGCGGCGAGCAGCAACCACCGCCGCACGCAGUUCCGCCAGAUGAACAAAAUCAAAAAGCGAAGCCAGCCCCCCCGAAAAUCACAUUCCAGCGCCUUCUCACCGAAGAGGAAAAGGAAGCUGAGGAGGACGAGCAUCCGGCUGUUCUUGUGGCACCCUCGGCUUUCGAAUACUGGCGCGAGCUUUACCCGUAUCUGAAAAUGAAACUUUUCAAAAAUGCUAUUCUCGUGCCGUUCAACGACGAUGACAAAUUCGACUUCAAGGAGGGCCGGUUUCUCCGCGGCGCAUUGCUCGAUCUCAGUGUCGACGCAGACGACAUUCUGUUAACCCUGGGAAUCCCGGCGAGGCUGUUGCAGAAGCCGCUGCAGUGGGUGGACAGAGAGAAGUUCGAGAAACACUUAGUGCGGAUCGCGCCGAAGCCCCCCCCGAAGGAAGUGAAGGAAAAAAAGGUGAAAGAAGUGAAGGAAAAAAGGGAACGGCCGGGGAAGGAACAUCAACUACAUCGGGAGAGGAAACCAAAGGAACAGAAAUCAAAAACUCUUGCGAGGAGCAGGGACAAAAAUCAGCAAAACAACUCUCCGCGGCACCGAAAAAACCCGGCCCCAAGCAGGAACAGGCUCCUCUCUCGCAAGAAUAAAGAUCCGACUGGGCAGAUGGACAACAUGAAGCAGGGUCUUCUAGAUGCGAACAGCGAAUCUGAGCUGCUCCGCGUUCCAGGUGGUGCAUUGCGCUUCGCCAGUAGGCGGAUCAUGCGGGAAAAUAACCAGCAGCGGAACAAUGUUGACGAACAAGGGCUUCUCGUCGCUGAUGACGACCAUUCAUCUGGGAAAGACGAACGCAGCGGUCAACAGUUCCUAUCUUCCGAAGACGACGACGACAACACCAGCGUUGAUGCAGAAUCCUCGGAAGACUCAGACUUUAGUCGGGACUAUUACAAUGACGAAGGCAGCAUGAAGAUGUCAGACGCAGACCCUGAGGAUUUGUCUCCAAACGAGCAGCUGAACCUUCUAGACCAAAGCUUCGCCGUGGGAGACGACCCGAUGGAGAGUUUUCUUGCGCAAGAACCCCAGAACGCGGGGGAUCUCGUUUUGUUCGAGCAAGACGGGGGGAGCUCUGGUAGUGGUGGCGGAAAUAGUAACCAGAACCUCAAUCGAAGCUUGUUCGAUUUUGAGUCCAACUUGAACGACUCGGCGCGUCAGGAUCUGGUGCUGUUUGAGAAUGCCGAUAAGAACGGCGACAAGAAUAAUGUUCUUGACGUCAGCAUUCGAGGAGACCAUGGCGCACAGCCAGAACCUUCGAGCCACGACAUGAGCAAUGUCGACAUGCUCGUCCCAUACGAGGAGGAGCAAGAUCAAAAGGAGACCGCCAUCGUGCUAAAAACCCCCGAGCGAAACAACAAAUCCGCUUUGGGAGGCGAAGAAGACCGACACGACAGCAUUUUGCCCAGCCCGUACGGAGAUUUCGAUCUGAACGUCAGCAUGGCAAGUGUGGUCAAUAACACCCACCGCGGAGCGAGGAACUUGUUUGAAGAUGAUGGCUUCGAUGAAAAACAACUACAGGCUGCUCGUAUUAGUGACGGUCAAAUCGGCAGUACCGCCGCGGAAGAUCUUCAACAGACCACCACAAAAGUCGAAAAGUACAGCUCUCUUGACGCUUUAGACAGGGCGUUUGACGCAAAGUGUCAGGAGCGCGACGAGAAACGCGCAGAAAUGGGGGUGCUGCUGGAUGGCCCGGAGGAUUCGUUUCUGAUGCAAGACGACGAGGCUAAAAACGAGCUUGUCCUGUACGACUCCGAUGACCCCGAUGCGGUUUUUGACGAUUACCUAUGCUCUGCAAAACUAUCGUACUCAUAGUAAUUGCAGUCCUCGCCCGUGACAAAUCUAACCUUCUAGGUGAUCUAGCAUGACAAAUUGCACCAGUUGUGUUCUUGAAGAAAUUUGUCAUGCUAUUCAUCAUGCCAGUGCGAUCCUUUUGCAAUGCAUAUCACCAAUCCUACUACGAUAGUGAUGAGGAGUGGAAGCGGAAGCUGAACGACGAGGACCGCGAACUGAUCGACGAUCUGGAAGACCGUCAAAAACCGCCAACAGCCGAGGACGUGCAGCAGUACAAAGACAAAACGUUUUCCAAGCAGUACAAAAAGAUGCAAAAGUUGGAGAAGCGACUGCUCCAUUUGAACAAGAACCACGAAGACCGCUACACGGAUCCGACGAAGAAAAUCCACGUGGAUUUCGACCCGGAAUUGAUCGGCGCGGGGAGGUACGAGCAGAACCUGGUAGAGGAAAAGCAGGGUUGGCGCGUCCGGAUGAACCACAUUGAGCAGGUUUGGGGGAAGUACCCACUGGAAAAAUUUCAGAUGAUCAGAGUGGUUUCUGAUGAUGAGGACAGCAAGAUCAAAAACGCGAACCAAAAGAGGCUAGGCGUUUACGAGGAUGCCAGUAAGAUGAUGAAGUUUCAGGCCGGACACGGCCGGGUGUUUGCGGAGGACAUCAAUAAAGCAGCUGGGAGGCCUGGCGUUGGUGUUGAAGAAGCAACUGUAUCUUCCGGAGUUGCGGUUGCCGCUCCUGGUACAACGCCGGCGGUAGUAGAAGGUGGAGCUCCUGUAGGAGGUGUCGAAAACAAGAAUGAAGUCAUCGACCUGUCGUCGUCGUCUUCAGCGAAGGAAGUAGGCACUGCAGCUCUUCCUCUUCCAGCAGGGAAGAAAACUGGCGCCGCUCCUGCACCGAAAAGCAGGCGGCUCUUGCUGUCUAGAAACAACCCAGGAGGAGGUACGAACACAGGAACAAGUCAGCCGGAGAAGAAGAAAGCUGAGCAGGAUAAAAAGGCAACAGAACAAACAAAGCCACCCAUCGUCCUUCUCUCCGAUAGCGACUCGCCAAGUGACGAAGGCAAGAAGGCGGCGAAAAGAAGACAGAACCAGAUUCAGGCCAUGCUGGACCGCGCACAUUUCAAGUACGAAGACGAACAGCGAGCGAACUCGAACGAAGGUGAGGAUAUUAAACCCACCAUUGGACCACAACGACGACUUCACCAAAGCGCCAACGAGCAGGUGGUCGCAAAAGAAGAAACUUUCGACGAAAGCGGUGUCCUCCUCGUUUCCGUGGAAGACCUGCGCAAGCAACACGCAAGGAAACCGACGCACAGCCUUCCUGCGCACAUCCGUGACCGGGCCGCGCGUUAUUCGGGCUACAACUUCAACGGUAGUUUUGACGCAAAGAAGGGAUUGUCCGUGUUGGAGCCGGCAAAAGAAACGACGAAAAGAUUGGAGGCUUUCAAAAGGAAAGCCGACGAGGACGCAGCAGCUGCGAGGAAACGGCAAACAAACACCGGUGAUGCAGCGCCGGUGGAGAACGCGAGUGGAGGGGUGGCUUCUAGCAGCUUUUCCGCUGCAGGAGCUCCUAGUAUUGCUGGAGGAUCUAAAAAUGCCGCUUCUGAAGACGUCGUCGACCUGGACCUGCCGCUCGUACUAGCCGCUUCUGGCGACGAUUUAUUUGCGGCAAAUAAACCAAAAACAGAAGACGACAACCGGCCCCUUCUUAUUGCCGACGACAACCAAGGAGAUGCUGAGGAUAGGAAUGCAGCUGACGCUUCGGUGGUUAUCGAUGGUUCUGGUUUCGGCGAUAUUGUGCAGGUCGGACUGCUGCAAGGCGCGGCCGGUGUCACUGCCUCCGCGUUGUUCCAGCAAAACGAAGUAGCGCGAGAAAAUGAACCUCCGGUUGUAUACGACAAUGGCUGCAGCAAUGAUGUUUCCGGUCGAGAAUUCCAGCUCCGCGCUGCCGGUGGUGAGCUGUUCGAAUGGCACAAAAAAGAGAAAAUCCACGGACAAAAAUGGAACAUCUGGAGCAGCAUCUACUCCAACGAUGUUGUCCCGACAAUCCCGAGAAGAUACUUCGAACUUCAGCAGAGAAAAACCUACAGAAGACACACUCUGCACAAACUGGCGUUGGGGUGUGCGCGGUACCUGCAGCUCUACCAACAGGCGGUGUACCAUGUGAUGCAGAUGGAAAAACUGAAUCGAGAAUUCGAGGAAGGGACGAGCAAUAAUUUUUCAAGCGAGAAGGGGAACGCAGCAGUCAUGACAGUUCAACACACCGAUCAAGAAAUCCGCGACGACGACGAUGAAGAACACUUUCAGGGACCGCCAGACCUUGGGCGUGCUCAGGAUGAAACCCCCCAGCGGUGGUUUGGAAUUGAAAGGAAGGAUGAGAAUGCAUCAAAUGGAAGUAAAAAUGCAGGUACUUCUUCUACCGACGAGGUGGGGGCCACGGAAGAUCAGGUUGAAAAUGAUGAAAAUGAAAAUCACUCAAACAAGCGCGGCAAGGUUCCCGUGGACUGCAAGUGCGUGUGGGACAACAAGCGGAUUCUCUACAGGGUGAAGGUUCUCGACGAGAAAUCUUCGAACCAGGAUGCCGUGCAAAGGAGCGCCAAAAACGCCGCUUUGUGGUCUACGUCCGGAGCGGCAGCUUCAACGAGCAGUGUCUGCAGUGUGCUGGGAAGCGAGAUGAAUCUGGAUGGGUCUGUGCUCGGAGAGGACGAAAUGGAUGUGGAUGAGGCGCGGCUGAGAAAAAUCACAAUGUUAGAGAAAUACAACAGUGGGCUUCGAGCUGGCCGCGUCGUUCUGACCGCCGAUACCAUGAUGCAGUUCGGAAACAGUUGCUCAACUGCAGCUGGCGACGCAACUACGAGAGCGCUUGGCCGCAUUUUUCCGCCAGAUGAAGAUGACACUCCCGAUUUAUUGCAAGGAUUUCUCGGCGAAGAUGACAAUCGUGAAAUGCUCCUGAAAGAAGAAAAUGUCGCUGCGCGUUCUAUCCGACAACACCAGCAGAAAAACUCGGACGCAAACGAGCUCCGCAGCCAUUUCAACGCACUCGGUUUGCAGAUGGGCUUGCCGCUACAAGCAUCUCUUGGGGAUCAGGAACUCGAACUUUUCGAGAACCAUCAGGAAUUCACCAGCAUUUCUCCGGAAUCCCGCAUCAAAAAUUGGACACCGAAAGUGCACCAACGCGUCAAGCUGAUGCCGCACCAGGUGGAUGCGCUGCAGUGGCUGGCGAACUGCUACGUGCAGGAGCAGUCCGCCUUGCUCUGCGACGAGAUGGGCCUCGGGAAAACGAUCAGUUGCCUCGCGUUUUUGGACUGGGUGGAUAAUGGUUUGAUGAACUCCCUCAACGGGAGCGGGGGUGAUAACCACGACAAUGAAAAUCUGCUGCUCCAAAGACGGGGAAGACGUAUCUUCGACGAGGUGGAGGAUGAAGAAGUAAAUCACCUGCAACAUUUAGACACGGAUGUGUUUGGCAGGAACAUGAACGCCAGGCAUGCACAACUGUCGAGUGACAUUUCCUACUCUGGUGCAGGCGACGGCUAUGGAGGUUGUGCAAGCAGCUGCAUGUCACACUUGGUUAUCUGUCCGGCCCCAGUUCUCCCGCUCUGGAUCCGGGAGAUGCGCAGGCUGUUUGACCAUGAUUUCGACGAGAACAAUUAUAACGGUGGAACAACAUCAACCAAGGACGUUGACAGAGACGACGACAUGAAAAACAAGAGGAAAACACGAUACAACCACGACGACUACGCUUUUUUCGAUAAUGACGAUUUGAAGCCGGAGAUGGAAUCCGGUCUUUUUUUCCCCUUCGUCGGCGACUACGACCAGCGCGCGACGUUGAAAGGGCUGCUGCAGAUGCGGCACUACCGGGUGUGGCUCACCACGGUGGAGAUUCUCGCGAAGGAGGAGCAGUUUUUCAGCAAACAGAAAUUUUACCCUGAGUAAAAACGUACCCACACCAUAGUCAAGAUGGGGAAUCGGCUAGACAAAUCCACAAGCUUUGGCUGUUUUGCAUGACAAAUUUGGAUUCGUAGUGUAGUGCUGUUUGAGCUAGCUCAGCAGCAUCACAGAUCUAGCAUAUCAUGCUGAUUGGAGCAUGACAAAUUGCAAAACACGACUAGAAAAUGCUUCUCAUGGGGCUCCGCAUGAGAAACAUUUUCAGCAUGCAGAUUUGCAUUACAACUCUGGGGUGGGUACGUUUUUACACAGGAUAAAUUCAACGUCUGCAUUAUCGACGAGGCGCACCGGUUCCGAAAUCCGAAAGCGGCAAAUUUUCAACAUUUGAUGAACCUCCGGUGCAACAUGAGUGUUCUGGUAACCGGGACGCCAGUGCAGGACGACUUGAAGAAAUUCUGGCGGGGCUUGGUGUCCCUUCUCUUCGGAAAGCGGGUUUUUUCGAGGCAGGAAGAGGAAGACGAUUUUGAGGAAGAUCAGAACGCGAUUCUGUACGGCGAUGGCGCGACCGCAACGCUGGUGGAAGCGACGAACAAGAAGAAGAAAAAGAAGCAGGCUUGUUUAGAUCCGGUUUUGAAGCAAAUCGAAAAAUUGUCGAAGAGAAUUAACAAGGGAAUGAACAAGAGAAAUAAGAGAAAAAAUGCUGAUAACGGCGACGAUCUCGACCUGGCUCUUGAUAAUAUGGAGCCCCCGAACAGCGGCAGCAAGCAGCAGGAAGAUGCGAAGCUGCAGAUGAAUCUCGUGAAGAUGCUUCUAAAACCCGUCAUGCUCCGCCGGGAAAAGCAAAAUAUCCUCCACAAUCUCCCCGCGAAACGGGAGGUGUGUCUAGAAGUCCCGAGGAACGCACUGCAGAAGCAGAUCGACGACAAGAUGCGAAGAGAGAUGCAAGCGAGGAUGGAUGACAAGAACGGCGAUAAAAAUGACCUGGAAAACAAGCAGGAAACGGCGGUGCAAACCACUAUCGCGAUGAUGCGGAGGUCUGCGCAGCACCCGGCGCUCAAUUGGAGCAAGGAAUUUGUCCGAUACAGCAUGACCAUCGACGACUUAAUCCGCACCAGCCCCAAAUUGGAGCUGCUCGACCGGGUCUUGCCGAAACUGCUACUGGCGAGGAAAAAGAUCGUGAUUUUCACGCAACUGAAACAGAUGCUGGACCUGAUCGCCCGGUAUCUGACCGCGAAAGAAGUCGAUUUCUGCAGCAUCGACGCCAUGAGCGCACGAAAAGAGUACCAGAAGGAAAUCGACCGGUUCAGCGGAGUCGGUGGCAGGAGUGCGGCUCGUGCAGUUUCUGUUGCAGCGAGAGGAAGAAAUGCGAAGAUGAAGCGCGCAACCACAUCGGCGGCGGGCAAAACCAUUGAUGACGACGAUCUUGACCUUCUAAAUGACCAGGCAGGCGCCCCCGGCAACUCGCAAAACUGCUGCGUGUUCGAGCGGGAACGGAGAAUCCGACAAAAACUCGCAAAGUUCGCGAAGACAUACCGGAAGGCUGAGAAACGGCACAACAAGCAAGACGGGACUGCGGCGGGUCACCAACUUAUAUUGCAACCUUCCGCAACACAAGCUGCUUCGGAGCAACGGGAAUUACUGGUUGAAAAAGCCAUGGAGCAACAACACGACGACUCCGUUUUGCUUGACGCUUCCUCUUUCCUCGACCAAUCCCGAGUGGACCUUGAUGACAGCAUGGUGUAUAAUCCGGAUCACCCACACCAAACCGCACUGAAAACCAUCCAGAAACAGCAGAAGAAGCAAAACCGGGAGGCACUGGAGAAGGUUUUGCUCAAAGAUCCGCAGCUUGCGCUCCUGAUGCGAAACAUGCCGGAAGAUGUGAACCACAUCGACGUCAGCUCGUUCCCGGAUGAAGACAAUGUCAAACACGCUUUAGCCAACUGGCCCGCCGUGCCGUUGAGAAAAACGGCAAAUGUAUUCGAGAACUACGAUUUCUACAAGCCGCAGGCGGUCUUUCCGAAGCACAAACAGCACCAGCUCUUGCAAAAAACCCGGAUACCGACGAUGGAAAAGCUUGACACGAUUCCCGUCGGCGAUCUGGGGAACGUGUUGGCGGCCGGGUUUGCGAAUCCGAAAAGCAAAGCCGUCGUGGAGGAGUACAUAAAGAUGCGGAAACUGAACGAAGGGAGGAGUCCCCAGGUGAUGCUGUGCACGACCCGGGCGGCGGGGGUGGGAGUCAAUUUACAGGCGGCGGACACGGUAUAAUUACAAUUUACUUGGAACUGGUGUGAGGAUGAAUCAAUUGCAAGUGGACUAUUGUUUGAAUGUGUGAUCUGUGCAGGUUUUGGCUUCGGCUGCUUUUCCAAACUGAAAAUCACAUGAAGGUCACUCCCUGAAUUCUUUGAAAUCCUCAGGUUAUCAUGUUCGACGCGGACUGGAAUCCGGUGAAUGAUGUCCAAGCGAUGGACCGGGUGCACCGCAUUGGGCAGCAGAAGGAAGUCUUGGUCUUGAAGUUCCACCUGCACAACGAUUGGUCGGAAAACCAUGUGCGGGAAAUGCACACCGGAAAAAUGAACUUCGCCCAGCACAUGAGCAGCACGACGUCGACCGGAAGUAAUAACGGACAGAGAAAGCAGGAUCUUUCAGGCAAAGGAAGUAAAGAUAAAUCCACGAAAGCGAAAAGCGACAAGCUGCUGCGAGAUGACGUUGAAAAGCAAAAGCCUCUUGACGGCAAACAGGAUGAAGAAAGAGAAACUGGAAGCAAGCAGGUCUUCAGCCCUGUGCGUUUCAAUAUGGCGGGUUACGAAGAUGAGAAAAAAGAAGAUGUUGAUCAAAAUAAAGAUGCAGGAGCUGCAAGAACUUCUUCGUCGGCUUUUCGCGGAACCAAAGAACGCCGAAACAAGAACCCGAGCAUUCUGUACAGCGAUGCGGACCAACGGGUGGAAAGCUCGAUGCUGCUCGACCGCUCCCACGUGAUGCAGGACGAUUACUUGCGGGCACGGCACAUGGGCGAGGCGAUUCUAGGAUCUAUUGCGCCGUCUAGCAACUUCGGACCCGGCCUUUUUGCUGUUGAGAGUGAAGCCGGUGUAGAUGAGAGCAAAAAUCGACCCAACACCCAUCUCGCGAUGCUCAACUCUCCGUCGGUGAACAACAAGGCAAGUUGGAUCUUUGGCGGAACAGAUGCGAGCGCGGUCUUCGCCUCCCCAGGGUCCUCCCCCUCUCCUUUCGCGGCAGCUUCACCAAGUCAUGCAGAUGCAGUAGCAGCUUCGCCAUCGCCCGCGCCGUCUAGUGCAUCUUCGUCAGCAUCUUCCGCCGCGGGAGCAGCGCAACAAGACCUCCUGCUCCCGACUUCCAAUCUGCCCACCUUGCGGGAAAUCAACGAGAUGCUGACGACGAACCCGCGGCAGGCGGAAGAUUUUUGCAAAUUCGAUGAGGUGCUGCUGCAGUCGAAGACGCUGGUCGUGCACGACUCUUUGAAAUUGCAACUGGGGGAGAAGCUAACGGGGAAUGGGGUGAAGCUCGACGUGGAGAAAAUGCUGACUAGUAUGGAAGAUGGUGGUGACAAUGCAGCCGACGAGCGGCAGAAACUGGUACAAGCAGUGCUGGACAAGCAGAAGUCAACAUCCGCAUCAUCAUCCUCUUCAUCUUCCUCAACAGUAGCGACAAAGCUUGUCACCACAACCGACGGCCUCGGCCGCGAACUGGAUCUAGACCUCUCCAUUUCCCUCACCGAGGACGACGACGCGAGCAACUCCGUGAUCAGCGUGAGCAGCGACUCGGAGAAGUCGGUUGCGUCUAAAAUGAAAUCUGACAGCAGCAGCGUUGUGGAAGACGAGGAGGACGAUUUGCUAGCUGAUGACAACCCGAAACCCCCUCCGGCGAAGAUGCGGAAAAAGGAAAAAACGGAAGAGGAACUGCAGGCCAAGCUGGAGCGACUGCAGCAAAAGGAGAAGAGAAAAAAGCAGAGAGACCAGAAAAGGCUGCGGAAGUGGGAUAAGAAGCUGCUGCGCUUUGAGGAGAAACUGGCAGCGAAGACGGCGCUGGAGAAGAAGAAACGGGCAGAAGUGGCUGCGGCGAGAAAGAAGCUUGGUGUAGUAGUUGACAGGAAUGAUAAUAGUACGACGCUGCAGCAAGACAACAAGCAGAACCAGUUUGUAGUACAACCAGAUCCGGCUUCUACUCUUCUCUCCAGCCAUGACGUGUCCAGUGUCCUCAUUGCCACUAACCGCAGCGUGACCAAAGCUGAGGCGAAAGACUGGCUGAAGAAAGUUGACGCAUUUGCCUCCACUUCCCGGUACCAGCAGCAGAAGCGGACAGCAAACAUCGAGAAAAGAACGGAGCGGGAGCAGAAGCAGCUGCAAUUGAAUUCGGAAUUUGGAUUUGAUUUUCUGGAGAGCGACGGGGGAAUUUUCAACAACGGAGAUUAUCCUGUGCAAAAGUAUCGUAUUCGUAGUAAUCGCAAACAUGCAUUACAAAUCUUGCUCUUAGGGUAAAUCUAAAUCAGCAUGACAAAUUUUAUUUCGUAUGCUGAAAAAAUUUGUAAUGCAUUUGCAUUCAUACGAGUACGAUACUUUUGCACUGCAUAGAGAUGGACGAAGUAUCCUGGCCAGCGACGGAUGGCAGGUGCCGGAUAUGAGCAACGCGUCGAUGCUGCUUGCUGGAGGAGAUGUUGAUGGUGGAUUUGAAGAGUUUGGUGGAUAUAAUAAGAAUCACCGCUCGGUCGAGUUUUUAGAACAGGAACAAAACAACGACGGGAUUUUGCAAGCCGAAUUCUUGUCUAAAGACGACAAACAAGACCCUUUUGAAACGCGAACAACGUCCAAAGCCGGUGGGGGCGGCGGAAACGGGAACGGGAAUAGAAGUAACGGCCGAGGUGGCGGUGGCGCAGCGAAUAAGAAGCGCGACAGAAAGAACACGUCCAACAAAAUCCCUGACUUUGAUCUCGAUCUUGAUCCCGACAUUCCGGGCGUGUUACAUGACAGUGAUGCGGAGCAAGAGUUUUUACGGAAGAAAAAAAACCAGCAAGGGCCAACAAGGAAGAAACCACCAGCUGAAGAGAAUAAACGCCGUGAAACUUCUGUUGAAACCCUCCUUCCGCCCAUCUCUGACGAUGAAAUCCAAAACAACGACCUGAAAGUGCUGCAACAAGGGGCCGCGACGAAAAAAACGAACAAGCGGAAAAUAAAUCAGAACGCGACGUCAGCCGCAAAGAGGAGGAAGAAGGAGGAAGCCGAAGCAAAGCAGCCUGAGGUCGAGGUGGACCUGGACGAAGUGGAUGAUUUUUUCUUUGAAGAAUUUUAUCAAGACGAUGUGAGCAUUUUAGACAACAAUGGUGACAUGAAUGCGCUUUUCGACGAGUUUGAAGUGUGAUAACAAUAAACUGUGGUUUUUGCGAUAGCAUGUAAUACUUCGAAUUCCACACGCAAAACAUCAGGAUAGGUGCAUCAUCGCGACUUUUCUUUUUUUUACAUUUUGUUUUGCAGAAUUUGAAUUUCUGACAGACAGCACAACAAGUCCUCAUCCGAGUAUUAGAACAUCAAGUCAGAUGUAUUUGAAACUAUUCUAAACAAGAGUCCGUCUCCAUCUUCGCUUAUGCUUAUUCCUAGAACUUUAGAUUGAUAGCGCUGAUCAUUCUGUUGAGCUUUUAUUCGCCCCAGGGCCAGUCCAGCUUAGGGUCCCGCUUUCAGAGAAAGACCAACCAGUUCAACGUUAAAAGAUGCGAAAUGUGUGUAUCUAUAACACGCUAUUUAAAUGUGAAUUUGGUUUCUCCGAUUGAUUUGAUGAGCUGUGAUAGCACGCUUAGGGAGCUUGCAAGAACCCGAGUCAAUGUGUGAACUUUUUUUGCUGCCAGUACAACGAGUACGACUACAACAACAUUAGUAGCUUUUGUGGAAGUAGCUGGGUGGAUGCAAGCGCAUGGGCUUCUUCGCAUGAGAUACAAAAAUGAGAGCAUUGCGCCCCAGCAUGGCCGUUCCACAAUGAUGGACGCCCUCUGUCGUGGCUCCGCCUCGUCGUGUGUGUCUGUGUUUGGUGUGU